ACUGUAGGAUAUCUCCCUACCACACGGGGUCCAUUUGAAUUUUGAACGUUAACCGUUGGGGGUUUCUCUCUUGGGAUCGUUUACCGAUUGGUUAGUAAGUUGUAGCAGGUCAAAAAAAUAUAAAAUAGCUGGUCUUGAGAUUGGUCCAUAAGUGUCGCCUGUUUAUCUCACAGCAUUUUUAUGCUGUACUACAAUUGUUAGAGUAUGCAUAACUGCCGUAGAGUAAAAACCGAAUACCGUGUUUAGAGUGAAUACAGAUAUAUGUGAUUUGCAACCUGUUGCAUACUUGUAGAAGCUGUGAUUAUUACAAAUAAGUGGAAACUAAGGACUUUAGUGAUUCCUUACAUUGGAAUUUGCUUACAUUUUCAUUUUAUAAAAACAUUCCACAAGUUAAAGUGUUGGAAUUGAGUACAGUUUAGAUGCAACUGUAAAAUUUUUAUAUUUAUCAAAAUUAUAUAAUAAUAUAUAUAGAAAAUGAGUGAUAUUAGUGAAAACGCGAAAUACAAGUGGACUCCAGAUAGUACAUCAUUAUUGGUAUCAGUAUGGUCCGACAAACUCGUACAAAAACAAUUCGAGUAUGCAUCGAAGCCUCAAUUAAUUUGGGAAAGUGUAUCACGUUACAUGCGCAAAAAAGGAUAUGAAGUUACUGCUCGUCAAUGCAAAUCAAGAAUGAAACAAGUUUUAGUAUGUUAUAAAGAAUCUAAGAAAUCUGGAACAAACGCUGGCAUUGAGCGUUAUUAUGAAUCUAUUGAAAGAGUAAUUGAAAGUAAAAAAUUAGGUAAAAAUAUACUUAAAGAUGAUGGUAUCGAUACUGUUGAUUCAGUAAAGGUUUUACAAUCUCCUCCGAAAGACAUGAAAACAAAUGUAAAUCUUAAAGUGCAAAAUAAAUUUGGAAAUCCAGCAAGAUCUUUAAUGAAACAUAUUGAAGGUCCUACAAGCAAUUGGCAAAGUGAUCAUGAAGAGUAUGGUGACUCUUCAGAAUCCAAUGAAACAGUUGUUGUUCGUUUUCCUCGCUCUCUAUCACCAAUGAAGAAUGUUGCAACUAAUACUAUUUCUGAUUCUAUGCCGUUAAAUGGAAGAGCUACUCGACGAUCUUUGCCUGUUAUUGGUGAAAGGAUGAAAUACGAAAAUUUAGAAUUAAAUGAUAGAUUUUCAGAAAUACCAUUAAAAAAUAGUGUGCAAAAUGUUCAAAAUCAGAUAAUUCAGGAAAAUAUGAUGCUCCGAAAUCAAUUGGCUCAUGAGAAUAUAAUGAUGCAUCAACCGGAUUGUCAAGUGAAUAUAAAUCCAAAUUUGCAUGCUAAUUAUAUUCCUGACACAAUGUCUUAUCAUCCUAAUCGCAUUACAACAAAUAUGGCUCGAAUUCAAAGCCAAUUACAACAAUAUUCUAUCAAUCCAAAUCCAGCGAUGCCUCAAGAACCACGAAAAUUCAGAAAUCCUCACGAAAAUAUUGAAUUUAAUCCUAGUUAUAGACCUUUGAUUCGUAAUUAUUCUGAUCAAUACGCUGCAGAUAUUGCACCUAAUUUGAAUGAUGCUUUUUGUCAAACUGUAAAAAAUACUAAAGUGCAUAAUCUGAAUGAAACUUACGAUCAACCAUUAUUCAUAGAACAUGAAAUUCAAAAUAAUAAUGAUGCUACUACUAUUACAAAUAAUGCAACCUUUAAUGAUGAUACAAUAUCCAUUGAAUUCAUCCAAGAUUCUCCAAGUCCUACAGAAAAUGAAGCCAAUGGAUUGAAAAAUAAUUCAUUUGAUAACAGUCUUUCAGCUCCUAAUGCUCCAGCAAGGUUAAAAAAAAUACAAAAGCUUGAACAGUUGAUGCUAAAUGCAAUGACAUCACAAACUGAAGUAGUAAAUAAAAUACUAGCAGCUCAAGAUGUUAUAGUUUCGAAAAUUUUAGAUUUUGAUAAAGAACGUCAGCAUCGAUUAGAAGAUCGUUUAGAUCAAUUGAUGAAUGUUGUGCAACAAACAGUGACAAAUAAAAAAGUUGAUGAUAAUAAUCAAAAUACCGAUACAGAUGGUGUAGCACCAUUAGUAUCACCAAUAAAAUAUCCAGUGUGUUUUUCUCCACCUCCCAAGCCUGGGACAGUUCCUCCAAAACUUGAUUUAGUGCCGCCUAAACCUUGCAGAGUUCCUUGUACCAAUCCAUCGGUAACCGUAGAUCUUAUAAAUCAAAAUCCUAUUCAAACUCGUCCAGGAAUUAUUGCUCCUCCUAAACCAGGUAGAAUUUGGGAGAAACUUGGUCCUGUAUCUCAAUCUCCUUUUGUCAAAGCUCAACAACAAAUUUCAGCUGUGACUAAAGCUGCAGAACAUUGGCGAACAAUAUCAUCAGCGGAACGAAGAAUUGCUCGUAGUCUUGAUUCAAGCCCAGAUACAAAAAUUAUAAUUGAAGAAACAAAAAAAUUUUUGCAAUCAGAAAAACUUAUGGAGGAACGAAUUGGAAAUGCUAAAAAUAUGUUAAUAGCAGAUAAAGAUACUUCGGCUCGACGAAAAUUAUUUGAAGUACCUAUUGAAGAACAGAAAGAACAAAAAGACGGUGAAAAAAAAGAAAAGGAACCUUCAGCAGUUGUUGUAUUGACUAAGACUUUUCUAGAAAUAGAACGACAAGCGGAAGAAAAAUCUCGUACUAUAAUGCAACAAUAUGAAAAUGAUACUAAUGACAGUGAUGAUCUAUUAACUGGACAAGGAGCGAGUUAUGAACGAUUGCGGCGCUUAAGUUUUAAAGCGAAACCUGUAAACCCUAUGAAGAUGGUCUAUAAUGAAAAAUUGGAUACUUCAACUCCAGCAAAAUGUAGUAAUAAUUACAAUAAUUAUCAAGAACAGAUAAACGAUAAUUAUAAUGAACCCAGACAAACUAUUCAACAAUUAGCUGAGUUAGUAAUGAAUAGUGCCCGUUGGCGUAAUGCAGCAACUGCUCCAAACAAUCCAUUAAAACCAUUAGUUAAUUUUGUGGAAUCAAACAAAAUAGAGCCAGUCCGACCUCCUCGUGAGAUUGAAGCACAACGUCAGAGUGUCAAUAAAGCUCGAGAUUGGUUACAAGACCAAUAUAUUUAUGAAGUUAGUAAACAAUUACCUAAUGAGGCAUUUACAGCAAAUAAUUAUCCAAUUGGGUUUUCGAGUGCUAAUUUAAAUAUCCAAGAUCAAAAUGUAGUGAAACGUACGUUUGAUCGUCAGGUUGGAUUCUCUCAAGAUGCCAUGAUACCAAAAUAUGGUAAUGUCAAUAAUCGAGAAAUGUUGGAAAAUGAAAGAAAAAAUAUAGAACACAUUCGUCAAACUGAGCAGGAAAAUAAUCGAAUUAAUAAAGCUGAUGAUGAUGAUGAUGAAGAAUUCCUUGAUACUACAACGACUUUACAGCCAUAUCGAAAACCAUCUCUAACUUCUACUGGGAUGGGUAGUGGUAAAUCUGGUUGCAUAAUAUCAUAGACAUAAUUGUCAAUCAGUUUUUCUAUAAUAUCAAUAUUUAUAGUUAUAUCAAAUUAUUUAGCUUAAACAUGCAAUACUUGGUGCAAUCGCAAAAAUCAUAUUGAAAACUAGUAUUUGAAGUUUGAAGUUUUUUCAAAAUUUGUUUGUAUUUUUUCAUAAUCGAAAAAAUUCUUGAUUACAGCUCUUUUGACUUCUUAAUAUAGGAAGGUUUUAAUUUUAUAUUUGGGUUAUAAAUUGAUACAAAUUUAAAAUAAACUACCGGAUAGUUUGAUAGUUAA